AAAAUCAAAUGUCAAUAAUCGUCACAUCAGCAGAUCUGUCAUUUCGGUCGAUUGUUAUCUCUAUUUUUCGCUAAAAUUGUAUAUUCACUUGUGAGGUGGCUUUUUCCUUUGUUUUUGUUAAUUAAUUAGAAGUGAAAAAGUGGCGUAAUUAAUCUUUUACCAAUGCCGAAGUUCGAGGAUAAUCCGUUUAGUGAUCCAACCAUAGACAAUCCAUUUUCUGAUCCGGCGGUGCAGCAAGUUGCCAGGAACACAACUAAUGCCACACGAGGUCUCGACGACUACAAUCCCUUUGACGGCCAACAAAAUGCUAAUCAGGCUACGCCUCAACAACAGCCGACACAGCCUGCGAUCAUGCAGGCUGUGUCCCCACCGAGCAGCAAUUAUCAGAGACCACAACAGCCCCAGCAAGCCCAGGCGCCUCCGCCCAAUUUCACCACAGCAGAUUUUCAGAGGAGGCAAGAAGAGUUAGAACGUAAGGCCGAGGAGUUGGCGCGGCGGGAGGCGGAGCUUAGAGCGGGUUCUGCCGGCAGACGCAAUAAUUGGCCUCCGCUCCCUACGUUCUGUCCCGUCCAGCCCUGUUUCUACCAAGACAUAAACGUUGAUAUUCCCCUGGAGUUCCAGCGAGUUGUGCGCCACUUGUAUCAUCUGUGGAUGUUCCACGCACUCGUCCUAGCGCUAAACAUCAUCGGAGCCAUGUCCCUCAUGUUCGUUGAUCAAGGAGUCACGAUCUUCGGGCUAUCAAUCCUGUACUUCUUGCUGCUCACCCCCUUCAGCUUCAUAUGCUGGUACCGGCCCAUCUACAAGGCGUUUAGAAGCGAUUCCUCGUUCAAUUUCAUGGUGUUCUUCUUUAUAUUCCUGUUCCAAAUUAUCAUAACGCUGGUGCAGUCGAUUGGAUUCAGCGAUGGCGGCUCUUGCGGACUGAUCACAAGCAUCGCAGCGUUCAAAGUGAACGUAGCCGUUGGCAUCAUCACCAUGCUUGUUACCAUCGGAUUCAUCACGUGCGUGGUGGCUGACGUCAUGCUACUCACUAAGGUACACAGAAUCUACAGGUCGACAGGGGCGUCUUUAGCUAAAGCACAAGCGGAGUUCACAACGGAGAUCCUCCGCAACCAGCACGUGCAGACGGCCGCCUCUAACGCCGCCGCCGCUGCCGUCAACGCGCAGAUCGCCAACGCUAACAGAUACUAAAUGUAAUUGACGUGAUGCCGCUCAACGCGAAAGUACAUACCAAUCCAUCAAGACAAUGCUUUCUAUAUUAACAUUAACAAUAUUUAAUGAACAAUAGCGUUGAUGGCGAGGUAAAAUGAUGUGUGUUCAAUAUAAUUUAUGUGAAUAUAAUGUCAAUAUAAUUUAUAAGUCACAUAAAUUAUAUUGAACAUACAUAAUUCUACCUCGCCAUGUAUGUAGAAUCAAACUUUCAUAAUUUGAACUAUGUUUAAUCUGGCAUUGAAAUUCAAAAUAUUUUUAAAACAUUUCUUCGUUUCUGAGUGUUAUAGAGAAUGGUAAAAUACCAAUAUAUUUAUAAUACCAAUAUGUCGCUCUCAGAUGUUAACAUAAUUUUUUGCCACUUGCAAUGUCAAAAUAUAGAAGAGUAGUUCUUUGUACGUUACUCUUGAGAACGGGUCAUAGCGAAUUUUCUGACAAAUAUAUAUGUCGAAUAUUUGUUAUUUAUUACAUCUAGCAGGCUUUGGACAAAUUUCGCUAAUAAAGAUCGUGUUUCAUUCACGUGCUGCAUUGGAAGAGAUUUUUAAUUAAUUUUUUUGGCAAAUUUUGGUUAGUUUUAUUAUUUAUAGUGGUAUUUUUUUAUAAUCAUUUUAGUAUGAUAUUUGAGAAACAUACAAGGCGUCCUAAUUCAUUAUAAAUUUCUUGUAUCUUUGAAAAACAUGAAUCGAUCAAAAUUAUAUUAAAUAUCAUACUAAAACUAUAAUAGCAGUAGUAUUAAUUAUCAUGAACUUUAGUUUUACGGCCAAAAUGUGAUAUGGCUGUGUAAUCCUUAAUUUUAUUAUAUAUCGAUUUAAAUAUAUUCGCAUUUCAUUAAAUUAUAUAUAUUUAUUGUUUGAUAUUUAUCACGAGUUUUGCUAGCUAUACUAUACAGUGAUGUAGUUUUUUUAAUCAUUAUAAUGAGCUUACGACGCUUUAAAAUAAAAGUGAAGUCAUUAUUUUUUACAAAUUAAAUCAUGAUAAUUGAGACUUUGCAAACUAAUAGCAGGCUAUUCAUCAUUUUCAUAUUGUUAUCAGAAGUUCCAUUUAUCAAUAUUUUCUUCAGCUAUUAAAAUUCUAUUGGACGAAAUUAAAAGAUGUGUGUGAACAUUCCAGAAAGAAUGUGCAAGUAGGUAUUAGACUUUUGGAAAACUGAUAUUUCAUUGAAUAUCAUAAUUCAUAUUGAAUUUUCGUAAAGUAGGUGUGUUCAAUGUUUUCAACUUCUAGGUAAUUUGGACCAUUUACUUAAUGUUUUCAACGUCGUUCGACCUCUUGCCGAUGUGCCGUCUUUAGAAGCACAAGACAUCAAUACUAGUAUUUAUAUCAUUGUAUAAAACUAGCAUAAGAUAAAUCUAAUAAGCAUAACUAGUCAAUUGACUAAACUGCUUUGGAAAUAUAAAAACCUGCUUAAUUUAUCUUAUUCACAGUAACACGACUGUUUAUCAGGACACAUAAGUAGGUAUUGUAAUGUAUCUGGGCCUAGACUAAUGUAAAUUAUUUAUAAUACCGUCCUUACCCAGAUAACGGUAAGAGAAGGCACUUAGAUUUGUCUAAAUGUUUACUGUUUUAUAACGAUUAAGUCAUGUUAUAAACUUAUGAUUAAUAAUAAAUAUAGUUUCAGAUUA